UUUGCAUCUUUAAAUAUCAACGCCCAGAAGGACUCACUGCACCAUUUCGUCUCUUCAGCAGAGUUAGAAUCUCUCCCAUAGAAUAAAAGGUAUCUUUGGCUUCAACCAUGAAAACCCUCACCGAUGCAAACACUGAAUUUGCUGUGGAACUUCUGAAAAUACUGUUGAAAAACAGUCAGGGGGGAAACAUCUUCUGUUCCCCACUGAGUAUCUCAGCAGCUCUGAGCAUGCUCCUUAUGGGUGCCAGAGGGAACACUGCUAAACAGAUGGAAAAGGUCCUUCACUUCACUGAGAUUGGUGGAUCUGGAAGUUCGAAGGGUGUUCCUGUUACUGGGGCACAGUGUGACAAAUCUGGAGGACCUCAUGAACAGUUCAAGGCACUUUUAUCUGCCAUCAACCAGCCUACCAAAGAUUAUGAUCUGAAUAUUGCCAACAGACUGUAUGGAUCAAGCAGUUAUGAGUUCUUGCAGCAAUACUUACAUUCCACAAAGGAGCUGUAUCAUGCUGAGUUGGAAAGAGUUGACUUUAGUAACGCAACAGAAGAAGUCAGAAAGAAGAUUAACUCUUGGGUUGAAAGCCAGACAAAUGGUAAAAUCAAGGAUCUCUUUCCCAGUGGGAGUAUUUCCCAAGAUGCUGUCUUGAUCUUAGUGAAUGCCAUAUACUUCAAAGGAAAGUGGAAGGUCAAAUUUGAUCCAAAGAAAACACACGAAGCACCAUUUUGGACUAGCAAGAAUCAGAGUAAACAAGUGCAGAUGAUGUUCCUAGAAGAUGAAUUUAAUCUGGCUAAAAUAAAAAACCCACCCUUGCAAGUCCUUGAGCUUCCUUAUCAUCAGGAUGAACUAAGUAUGCUCAUUCUUCUGCCAGAUAACAAAGAAUCUCCAGACCAGCUUGAAAGAGAACUCACGUGUGUGAAGCUGAAAGAAUGGACCAGUUCAGCACAUAUGAAGAAACAAAAAAUGAGAGUUUUCAUGCCAAAGUUCAAACUGGAAGAAAAAUAUGAACUCAAACCAAUUUUAAAAGCCAUGGGAAUGACUGAUAUGUUUCUACUGGGCAAAGCUGACUUAUCAGGCAUGUCACAAAACCAUGAUCGUAAUCUGCUUGUGUCCAAGGUCAUUCAUAAAGCUUAUGUUGAUGUUAAUGAAGAGGGUACAGAAGCAGCCGCUGCUACUGGUGUAGAAGUAGUUCCAGAAAGUGCAGAAAUUCUUCCAGAGUUUAAAGCUAACCGUCCCUUCAUUUUCUUCAUAAGACAUAAUAACACUGGGAGCAUCCUAUUCAGUGGCAGAUGUUCCUCACCAUGAUGUUCAUCAGAUGCAAAAUCACCACAAGCAAUUUUAUCUUGGUGGUGAAACAAACAUGUUAACAGUUCUGGAAGAAAUAAAUCCUCUGAAUUCAGUUUUCUUCUUGACUGACAUAGCAAGACUUUCAUCUCUUAAGAAAUUACAGAACUUUAGGUUGGAUGUCUCUUUUACAUACACAGGCAAAUGCAUCUUAAAUCUUUCAUUAUUUGUAUGCCUGACUUCUGCUUUCUCCAUUUAAAGGAGAU